CAUGGUCGGGACUGCGAAGAGGGAUGUCAGAGUGCCCACCCCUCAGCUUGGGGAGCGAUUCCGGUUCUGCCCUCAGCCCUGGGGCAGUGGGCGCCCAAAGGCGGAGAGAUGCUGAUGGGAUGGAUGGAUGGAGGGUCGAGGAGGCUGAAGACAGUUCUUUGGUGUCCCCCCCUCCCUCAUUUUGUCACGGUGGCUCGCUGGGGUGGUUCUUCUUGGAUUGACAGCUCCGGGUCUCCGCAGAGUUGCGGAAUCAGGGCAUCGGUGGAUGGAAGGGUAUUGUCUGGGCACGGGGCGGGCUGCCGACCGGGUGGGCCGCGCCACCCCAGCGCUCUCUGGGACCUAGGUCUCUGCCCCUCGGGUUUUGUUCAGAGGAGGCGCUGCCGAAGCGGAUGGGGAAGGCUUUGGGGCCGGACUCCAGCGAGAGGGGCUUCUGGAAAUGGGCUCCGCGGGAGGGGCGGGGCUCGGGAGUCUCCUCCCUCCGGUUCUUUGUUCAGUCGCGAGACUUUCCCUCCCCCCACGUUGUGCAAAGCCCCUACCUCCCGGACCCGCAGCCCUCGGAGCCCCCAGUGCGUUCCACUGGGCAGAAACCCCUCCGCCCGCGACUUCAGGUGGAGCGGACCGUCCGGACACCGCCGCCAGAGGACAGUUUCCUGUUUGUGAAGCAGCUGGGAGUCCGGGGCUGGCCGGUCUGACCCAGCGCUAGCCGGCGGACGUGACCACGGCCCCUCCCCCUGCCACACCUCCCUGGCGGUGGGGGAGGAUUGCUCCGGGGUUCGGCUGGACGUGACUGGUGCCCUCACCCGCUUUUCUCUGGGGUGUGCUGGGGCGCCCCUCGCUGGAGAUGAAGGAUUUGGGGGCAGAGUACUUGGCCGGUCGUGAAGGGGUCCAGCUCUUCGGAUUGUUGAACCUCUACCUAGAACAGGAACAGAGAUUCCAACCUCGAGAAAAAGGGCUGAGCUUGAUCGAAGCUACCCCGGAGAAUGAUAACACUUUGUGUCCAAGAUUGAGAAAUGCCAAAGUAGAAGAUUUAAGGAGUUUAACCAACUUUUUUGGAUCUUGCACUGAAACUUUUGUCCUGGCUGUCAAUAUUUUGGACAGAUUCUUGGCUCUUAUGAAGGUGAAACCUAAACAUUUGUCUUGCAUUGGAGUCUGUUGUUUUUUGCUGGCUGCUAGAAUAGUUGAAGAAGAAUGCAAUAUUCCGUCUACUCUUGAUGUAAUCCGGAUUAGCCAAUGUAAAUGUACUGCUUCUGACAUAAAACGGAUGGAAAAAAUCAUUUCAGAAAAAUUGCACUAUGAACUGGAAGCUACUACUGCCUUAAACUUUUUGCACUUAUACCAUACUAUAGUACUUUGUCAUACUUCAGAAAGGAAAGAAAUACUGAGCCUUGAUAAACUGGAAGCUCAGCUGAAAGCUUGCUGCUGCCGACUUAUCUUUUCAAAAGCAAAACCAUCUGUAUUAGCUUUGUGCCUUCUCAAUUUGGAAGUAGAAACUUUGAAAUCCAUUGAAUUAUUGGAAAUUCUCCUGCUUGUUAAAAAACAUUCCAAGGUUAAUGACUCCGAGUUUGUUUACUGGAGGGAGUUAGUUUCUAAAUGCCUAGCUGAAUAUUCUUCUCCUGAAUGUUGCAAACCAGACCUUAAGAAGUUGGUUUGGAUUGUUUCAAGGCGCACAGCCCAGAACCUCCACAAUAGCUACUAUAGUGUUCCUGAGUUGCCCACAAUACCGGAGGUGGGGUGUUUUGAUGAAAGUGAAAGCGAGGACUCUUGUGAAGAUAUGAGUUGUGGAGAAGAGAGCCUCAGCAGCUCCCCUCACAGUGGUCAGGAGUGCACUUUCUUCUUCAGCUUCAAAGUGGCACAGACACUGUGCUUUCCGUCUUAGAAAUCUCAUUGUUCUGGGUCCAAAAUGAAAGUGUGUGUACAGGUUUCAAAGCAAUAAAUGGGGAGUAGGUAGUUUCCUGGUGCAGCCCCCAUCUAGGCAGGAAUUGCAUAGACUCUGGAAUACCUACCUUCUAUUUAUUAUUCAGAUCAGAUCUGGCCUAUUUUCAUAUUUAAUCCUAAGCCAUCAAAUGGGUUAGUGCCUCUUAAACAAUUAACAAUACUUCAGACAUUGGCACUUUAUUUUUCUCCUUGAUCUUUAGCUACGUGGGGGAGGAGGGAAGGUGCUGAUACCUUCAAUUUAUUACUUUUCAAGAAGAUUUUUAAAGUUGAAUAGUGUAGCGUCAACUUUUUUAUAAAGCCUUCAGGUGUCUUUACUGAAACAGAUUGGGAGUGUGCAAGUGCUUCCUUAGCAGGGACAGUGGAUAAUCCUGUAAUGGUUUAUCUUAGAUCUCUCUCUCUCCCGCCCAUUCUCAGAGCAGAGAAUAUACUCUUAAAUGUCAAAAACCUUUUUUUUUUUUGUUUUUUUUAAAUGAUCAGUGUUCUAUCUGAUGCAGACUCUAGAAACUUAGGAAUUAUAAUGUUGACAUUUCUGUGAAUUUUGGUAUGUAAUAUCUUCAUUUCUUUGAGGUUUCUGCCAAAACAGAAAUAAGCAACAGACUAGGGUUGUUGGAUAGUUGCAUUCCUAAUGAUUAAGUGUUGUCAGACUAUAGUAUUAUUUUAAUGUUUUUAAAACAAUCCAUAAUCUAGGUGUGCAUGUACCUGUAUGAGAGCAGUGCAGCAAGUUGAACAGAACUAGGUAACUAUGGAAUUGAUAAAUGUUGACCUAAUAGCACAUUUUGUCUCAUUUUCUUCUAUUAAAAAAGUCUGCAUGAUUACAUUGUAUUUCCUUUGUAAUUCACGUUUCAAAAAUAAUGGUAUUGUACAUGGGUGCCAAGACUGAAUAUGAAGUGUAAAAAAAAAAAAAACCUGAGUGUUUGUAGUAUUAUAGUUUUAAGCGUAUCUGUGUGGUGGUACAGCCAUAAGAAUAGGGAUUUAUCAACUCUGUACACAUGAGAUUUUGUACAGAGAAUUUUUUUAAACUUUAUAAACUGUAUAUGAAAAUGUAAAUCUUUAAAAAUGUACAUAAAAAUCCUGUAUUUUUUUACCGUGUGUGUGAUAGUCUAGUCAUUGCAUGUAAAUAUAAUUUAUUGUGUAUUCUGUAUUAUAAAUCAUAUAACGAUGACUUACUUUUUUAUUGGUAAGUCAGCAUCCAUCGGAUGUUUUUUGAAGUGAAUCUUUUUGAAGUAAUAAUAGAUUACAACUCAGAAUAAAAAUAUUAAUGAAUUGUACUCCUGUC